AUACUUAGCUUGGUUAUACUGAAAAGACUUCUCCAAUUCUUCCCUCCCUCCUGCGAGCUCCCACGAGAGCUAGCGGGCGGAGAAAGUUAUCUCGAAGCAGAAUACGAUGAAGAAUAUUUUUCGGAAGCUUCACAUCGGAAGUACCCAAGAUCAUAUCCGAUCUGGAGAGAUUUCUCCGGCUCCAGCUGUCACAUCAGGCGCCGUAGCCAGGUCAUGCGCCUCCGAUCACCAGACUGCUAUGGUGGAGCCUCCAGCGCUGCCGGUGAUGACCCCACCAUCGCCGACGGGAGGGGCAUCGGCGACAGCGGUGGAGCGGGUUGAUUACUAUUCAACAGAGGAGGAGUUCCAGAUGCAGCUGGCGCUCGCGAUUAGCGCUUCUAACUUGGAGUUCAGGGAGGAUCCAGACAGCGAUCAGAUCCGCGCUGCGACACUUUUGAGCUUGGGAAAGCACAGAGACGAUUACGGGAGGCAGGAGGAGGAGGCGUCCGAGUCCCUGGCUCGGCGGUACUGGGACUACAAUGUGCUAGAUUAUGAUGAGAAAGUCGUGGAUGGCUUCUAUGAUAUAUUCGGGCUUUCCACUAAUUUGAACCAUGGGAAGAUGCCAUCUCUUCAUGAUCUCCAAACGAGUAUUGGGGAUCUUGGUUUUGAAGUUAUUAUUAUAAAUCGUGCUGUUGAUACUGCUUUGGUUGAGUUGGAGCAAGUUGCUCAUUGCAUUGCUUUGGGCGUACCUGCUACUGAGGUUAUGCUUUUGGUGCAAAGAAUUUCUGAGCUCGUUUCCCAGAACAUGGGUGGGCCUGUAAGGGAUGCAAACGACAUAUUAGCUCGUUGGAUUGAAAAAAGUUCAGAGUUACGAACCUCACUCCAGACAAGCUUAUUGCCCAUUGGCUUCAUAAAUGUAGGUCUCUCUCGCCAUCGUGCCCUUCUUUUCAAGGUUCUUGCUGAUAAUAUUGGCAUUCCUUGCAAGCUAGUCAAAGGAAGUCAUUACACAGGGGUUGAUGAAGAUGCUGUCAACAUAAUAAAGUAUGGUGAUAACAGGGAGUUUUUGGUUGAUCUUAUGGCUGCCCCUGGCACCCUUAUUCCAGCCGAUGUGCUUAGUAUGAAGGAUGCUUCGUUGAUUUCCUAUAAUCCACUGCUGACUCAAAACAUACUUAAUAGGGCAAUAGAUAAUUCAGGUGAUGGUUUUCCAGAAGGUAAAAAUAGAUAUUGUAACUUGGAUGGAGAUAAUAAUUUUGAUAGAAGGGCAAGCUCUGAAAAAUCAGUGUUACUACCAUCUGUGCUGGGAGAAUCAUCAACAAGUACUGCAAGCAAUUCAACUGGAAAUAAAGAAAGUUUUUAUUUACAUGGAUUUUCAAAUCUAUUGCUAUCUUCUUUUAGUGAAGCUUCAAAGCAGGAAGAUUAUAAGGUUCAUGAAUUUGCUUUUAUGAAUGAAAAGCCUAAAGAACCGAGAUCGGAAGAUGCCUUGAACUCAAGAAGGCUUUUUGCUGAGCUUAAUCCAUUCCAGGCUCUUGGGGUUGGCAAACAUUCUACAGUAUUCGAACUUGAUGAUAAUAAAACUAAUGAAUAUCAGAGAUCUAGAGAACCAGUUGCUUUAGGACCUGGAAGGCCACAGCAUCAGUCACCCCUAGUUCGUAAAAAUCAUUCUCCAUGCAAUGACGUUUCAAGCAUGAAAUAUUUCAACUUUUCCGAGGAAAUUCCAGGGAAAAAUCUAGAAUAUAGAGAUCUUAAUUCAUCACGUUAUACAUCCACCACAACUGGGGGCUCUCAGGCCAACCCUAUUUCAUGUUCUGGUAUCUCAUGCUCAGUCAGUUCUAAUGAUAGUUUCAGAACUCCUGAUUGCUCGUCUGGAGCUUUUAACUUUGGUUCUGGAAAGAAUGGUAAACUAGGGAUUAGAAGUGUUGAACCUCCAGAGGAUAAAGCACUUAUCCCAGUUCAAUUUAAAAAACAUGGUUUGGCUUUGCAUAACAAUGUCAUUCAUGAGGCAAAGGAACGUGACAAAAAUAUUAAUGCCAAGCGUGACAGAAGGUUUUUACAUGAUAAAUUUAUGGACAGAAAUAUAGCGUCAAUGGAUACAGUUCCAUCAGCACCUAGUGCAUAUGAUAGAUUUAUUGGUGGUGAUAAGGGAUUGCAGGAUGCAGAUCCAUCAUCAUCUUUGUCUCCAUCCAGAUCAAGCAGGAUUGAUCCAAUGCUUGAUGAUGUAGCUGAAUGGGAAAUUCCAUGGGAAGAUCUUGUAAUUGGUGAAAGAAUUGGAUUAGGUUCAUAUGGAGAAGUCUAUCGUGCUGAUUGGAAUGACAAAGAAGUAGCGGUUAAGAAGUUUCUCGAUCAAGAUUUUUAUGGGGAUGCCUUAGAUGAGUUUCGAAGUGAAGUGCGGAUAAUGCGUAGGUUGCGUCAUCCUAAUGUUGUUCUUUUUAUGGGUGCCGUUACCCGACCUCCUAAUCUCUCAAUCGUCUCUGAGUUUCUUCCAAGAGGAAGCUUGUACAGGAUUCUUCAUCGUCCUAACUGUCAAAUUGAUGAGAAGAGGAGGAUCAAAAUGGCUCUUGAUGUUGCAAAAGGAAUGAAUUGCUUGCAUACUAGUGCCCCAACAAUUGUUCAUCGGGAUCUCAAAUCACCAAAUCUUUUAGUAGACAAGAACUGGACUGUUAAGGUUUGUGAUUUUGGUCUCUCCCGGCUGAAGCAUAAUACAUUUUUGUCUUCCAAAUCUACUGCUGGAACGCCGGAGUGGAUGGCACCAGAGGUCCUACGUAAUGAACCAUCCAAUGAAAAAUGUGAUGUCUAUAGUUUCGGAGUCAUAUUAUGGGAGCUUGCAACGCUCCGAAUGCCCUGGAAAGGGAUGAAUCCAAUGCAGGUUGUAGGUGCAGUCGGGUUCCAAGAACGGCGACUUGAGAUUCCCAAGGAAGUUGACCCCCUCGUUGCAAGGAUUAUCUGGGAGUGUUGGCAAACAGAACCAAGUUUGCGACCUUCUUUUGCACAACUGACAACAGCUUUGAAGUCAUUACAGAGGUUAGUCAUCUCCUCACACCACGACACACAAAACCCAUCGAUUCCUCAAGAAAUUCCAGUAAACUCAACACCUUAAUUUCCUUCUCAGAAAUGUGAAUAAAGCAAAAUCACCAUACUAAAAUAUAUAGUUUGCGAGUCACUGAACAAUUUGGCGAGUUUUGAUGAGUACAGGCAUCUGGUUUUCUCUUUUCCUACUGCAGCUAAGAUAACUGCGGGUGGAUGUAGAGUGAGAUUGGGCCGUCAAUGGCUUUAAUUGUAUAGUAUGUAUAGUAAUCGCCAAUAUUUCUUUAUUUUCUUUUUUUGCUUUGCUUUUGAUUGCUUGUAUGCUUUGCUGGUAAACCGGCAGGCUCUAGUGAGAAACUCUUUAGUGUAGGGAAAGCAAUGUAUCCGAUCUUAGUUUAUGAAUAUUGAUUGAAUCAAUUGUAAUCCAUACUUGAUUUGCUUUCCUUAUUGAACUUUAUUCCAGGAAUGAAACUGCUUUGUAGGUUUUGUUACUCUAAAAAAAUUCAAUUUAAUUGACACAAUGAGAUUGUUCA